AUGCCCCAGAAAGAAGUCUGCCCGCGAGGAUAUCAGCAGGUCCCCGGGGAUGCACACACAAAGGCCUUGGUGCACCUCCGCAGCAGCUCCAGCACCAGCAAAAAACCACCGUUUGACUUCACCUUCGAGGCGAUUCGCCAGAACCUGUUCCGGGUGACGUUCACUUCGUCCAGCCACCCGCUUGCGCCGUAUCCCAGUGUGACGAAGCCAGAGAUCAACCUGCAGAAUGUCAACGUAUUUACCAAGGACAACGGCUCGUCCAAGACCUUCGAUGUCGGUGGCGUCACAGCCUCGCUGGACUGGAGCCACACUCCAGUACUUUCCUUGUCAUGGACGGGCUCGGCGACUCCGCUGCACCGCGACCUCCCGUUGCGUUCGUAUGUAGCCGACUCCGACGGCAUUGCGCACUAUUCAGUGCACGACCGAGAUGCGCUGCAUGUGGGAUUGGGCGAGAAGUCAGCUCCCAUGGAUCUUAGCGGGCGCAACUUUCUUCUCUCCGCCACAGACUGUUUCGGGUACGAUGUGUACAACUCGGAUCCGCUUUACAAGCAUAUCCCACUGUUGAUCAAAGCAACUCCGGAGGGAUGCGUGGCCAUCUUCUCGACCACGCAUGGCCGGGGCUCAUGGGCCGUGGGAUCCGAAAUUGACGGUCUUUGGGGCCAUUUCAAGGUGUACCGCCAGGACUAUGGCGGGCUCGAGCAGUACAUGAUCGUGGGCAAGACCAUCAGGGACGUCGUCAGGUCGUACGCCGAGCUGGUGGGGUUCCCUCUGCUGGUGCCGCGGUGGGCGUAUGGGUAUAUCUCCGGCGGAUACAAGUAUACCAUGGUCGACGACCCGCCGGCGCAUCUGGGGCUUCUGAAGUUUGCAGAGAAACUGAAGGAGCAUGGAAUCCCGUGCUCGGCGCACCAGAUGAGCUCGGGCUACUCGAUCGCCGAGACGGAGCCCAAGGUGCGCACGGUCUUCACCUGGAACAGAAGUCGGUUCCCGAACCCGGAGGAGUGGAUUGCCAAGUUCCAUGGGCAUGGCAUUCGGCUUCUGACCAAUAUCAAGCCCUUCUUGCUGGCUUCUCACCCUGACUUCAAGCGUCUUGUUGACGCUGGCGGGUUCUUCACGGACCCAGAUACGAAGGAGCCUGGGUAUAUGCGUCUGUGGAGUGCAGGUGGUGCCACCGGAGGCGAUGGCUGCCAUAUCGACUUCACAUCGCAGGUCGCCUUCAAGUUCUGGUACGAUGGCGUCCAGAGUCUGAAGCGCGUUGGCAUCGAUGGGAUGUGGAACGACAACAACGAGUAUACAUUGCCUGACGAUGACUGGAGUCUAGCGCUUGAUGAGCCCACCGUAUCCGAGGCAGCGAAGAAAGACGUCCAGAAUUCCGUCGGAGUCUGGGGCCGUGCUAUCCACACAGAGCUUAUGGGGAAGUCUUCCCACGACGCUCUUCUGGACCUGGAGCCCCAGCAGCGGCCUUUCGUCCUGACGCGCAGUGCUACUGCUGGGACUUUGCGGUAUGCUGCGAGUUCCUGGAGCGGAGACAAUGUCACCAGCUGGGACAAUAUGAAGGGCGCAAAUGCCCUAUCUUUGAACGCGGGAAUGUCGCUGCUACAGUGCGAGGGACAUGAUAUCGGUGGUUUCGAAGGACCCCAACCCUCCCCCGAACUACUCCUCCGCUGGAUCCAACUGGGAAUCCAUUCCCCUCGCUUCGCAAUAAACUGCUUUAAAACCUCGCCCAAAGACAGCUCCGUCGGCGAAGUCAUCGAGCCAUGGAUGUACCCGGAGAUCACACCCCUGGUCCGCGCGACGAUCAAGCGUCGCUACGAAAUGCUGCCGUACAUCUACUCGCUAGGACUCGAGAGCCACAGGACGGCAUCGCCGCCGCAGCGCUGGAUCGGCUGGGGCUACGAGUCCGACCCAGAGGUAUGGACGAAGCGGCUCAAGGCCGGCGACGAGCAAUUCUGGUUCGGUGAUACCAUCCUCGUUGGCGGCGUCUACGAGGCUGGCGUCAAUGUGGCGCACAUCUACCUACCUCGUAAGACCUCCUCCUCUGGCGGCGGUGACAAUCACUUCGACUUCGACUAUGGAUACGUCAACCUCAACGCCCCAUACACAUAUUUCGCCUCAGGCCAAUGGGUCGACAUCCCUGCCGAAUGGAAAACAAGCAUCCCCCUGAUCGCGCGCAUCGGCGGCGCCAUCCCCGUCGGCAAGAGCGUGCAAACCCGCGUACCGGGGGACAACACCGCGGCAUCGCUGGCAGUCGCCGAGCUGGACGACUACCGCGGCGUCGAGAUCUUCCCGCCACAGGGGAGCUCGCAUGGCACGGUGUUUGCGCGGACGUGGUUCGAGGAUGAUGGCAUCUCGUUGCAUCCCUGCUCGGCGUCGUAUACAAUUCGCUAUAGUUCGACGGAGGAGAAAGUUUUGGUGGAUUUUGUGCGCGACGAGAGCGGUGGGUUUGUUCCUGCUUGGAGGGAUUUGGAUGUUGUUUUGCAUUAUGGGGAUCAGAGACGAGUUGUUUCGAGUUCGGGGUUGGUGGUUGAGGUUAAGGGGAGAGAUGAUCGGGGGCGCAUGGUUUAUACUGUGAAAGCCUAG